CAGAAGGAUAGAACAUAUAAUAAACAUACAGUAGCUAGCAAUGGCUAAAGUUAGAGGGUCAUAUAUUUUGUUGGCUCUCUUUGUAGUGCUCAUUUCGAUGGAAGCCUCUGUUGUUUUUGGUCAAGCCAACGGCAAUGGAAAUGCGAAUGGAAACGGCAACACUGGCAGUGGCAACGGAAAUGCCAACGGCAAUGGCAACACCGGCAGUGGCAACGGAAAUGGGAACGGCAAUGGCAACACUGGCAGUGGCAACGGCAAUGGGAAUGGGAACGGCAACACUGGCAGUGGCAAUGGUAACGGGAAUGGGAACGGCAAUACUGGCAGUGGCAACGGAAACGGGAAUGGAAACGGCAACGGGAAUGGCAAUGGCAAUGGAAACGGAAACGGGAAUGGGAAUGGAAAUCAAGUUAAUGCUGAUGUUACAAACUACCAGGUAUUGUCACCACUAGCAACCGGACAAGAGAGAUGCAUGUGCAAAGCUCAGGGCACCUGUUUCUACAAGACCCUUGUCUGUCCACCGGAGUGCCCUCAGAGAAAGCCUAAGCAGAACAAGAAACACAAGGGCUGCUUCGUCAACUGCGGCAGCAAGUGUGAAGUCACCUGCAAGUUUAGAAGAGCCAACUGUAAUGGGUAUGGUUCUCUCUGCUAUGAUCCUCGAUUUGUUGGUGGAGAUGGUGUUAUGUUCUACUUCCAUGGAGCCAAGGGAGGAAACUUUGCCAUUGUUUCAGACGAUAACCUCCAGAUCAAUGCACACUUCAUUGGGACUCGACCACUAGGAAGGACUCGCGACUUCACAUGGGUCCAAGCCCUCUCAAUCAUGUUCGACAAUCACAACCUUGUCAUUGCAGCAAAGAGGGUCUCAAAGUGGGAUGACAAAGUUGAUGCUCUCAUCGUAAGGUGGGAUGGUGAGUCGGUUAGCAUUCCUUCGGAUGGAGAAGCCGAAUGGAGGACUAAUGGUAAUCAAGAACGACAGGUAAUCGUGGAAAGAACCGAUGAUACUAACAACGUAAGAGUUACAGUUGCAGGGCUACUGGAAAUGGACAUAAAGAUUAGGCCUAUUGGAGAAGAAGAAAACAAGGUUCAUAAGUAUCAAAUACCAGCUGAUGAUACUUUUGCUCACUUGGAAACACAGUUCAGAUUUUCGAACUUAUCUGAUCUUGUCGAAGGAGUUUUGGGCAAGACUUAUAGGCCAGGUUAUGUUAGUCCAGUCAAGGUUGGAGUUCCAAUGCCAAUGAUGGGUGGGGAGGACAAGUACAGAACUCCUUCACUAUUCUCACCUCUCUGCAAGGUUUGCAGGUUCCAAACUACUAGUCAAUCUUCAGGGUUUGAAAUUACAAGUGGAGGAGUGGCAUCAUAUUGAUCACGAUCAAGAGAAAUUCACAUUGUUUUCCUAAUUGGUUCAAAGAAUCAAGUAGUAGUUUCAUUUGUAUGUUUUAUUUUGGGAGACUAAUAUGUCAUUGUAUACAUGAAAUUUAUGAAUAAACAAUAAAAGGCUGCAAAUUGAGC